CAGAGCUCAGAGUACUAAGUUAAAUGUUCUCUUUUCUGUUGCUGUUGUUCAAUUAAAGUAUGUUUUAAGAUCAUUUGAGGUGAGAACCUUAUACAUUUAAGCAUCACCACAUGGCCCAUUCACAGAUUUAAUGCGUAAUUUAAAAGAAAAUGUGACGAACUUGAGAGGACCGCGGCAACCAGCGGAGCUCCGAAGCUGACGGCAGCUAGUCAGUCCUAAUCCUCUUCUGUCAGCGCCCCCUGUGGAGCAAAAAUAAUGUUAGGACAGUCUGCUCUUCUUUAUAAAUUUGAAGUGAAAGGACUUGAUUUCUCCAUCAAAUCCUCACAAAUCCCUCUGCAGCAAUCACUCCUUUGUUUAGCCUCUUAUCUCUAAGUGAAGUGCCCAGAUUACAUCUGCAUUUUUUCCCUUUCUUUUUUCCUCUCCGGAUUUUUUCCCAUGUUCAGCAAGUUUUGAGCAACUGACGCCCAUUUCCAAAUGAACAAAACGAGAGCCUGAAGAGGAAAACCAGCAAACAUCAUCAUCAUCAUCUUCCCAAGUUUUAGAAUUACUCUGAAAUUCAAAAGCAUCUCUUCCCUCCAAGAUGGGCAUGGACUGCUUUCACUCCAACACAUCAGCAGCACCAAACCAAACAUUUGCUCCAGGAAAGCUGAGCUCAUUGAGCAUUUUUACCAUCUCCCUCCAUGGAAUUGUGUCUACUAUAGGCAUCAUAGAAAACCUGAUCAUCCUGGUAGUGGUGGGCUUUCGUGUCAAACGCUCCAUCAUCAGCAUCUGGAUCCUGAACCUAGCAAUGUCAGACAUGCUGGCCACAUCCUCACUGCCAGUCUUUACGGCCUACUUUGCUCGAGGUAACACCUGGACUUUGGGCUCUACCUUCUGUCGCAUCCAUUCCGCCGUCUUUUUCCUCAACAUGUUCGUCAGCGGCUUUCUUCUGGCAGCCAUUUCUCUGGACCGCUGCCUGGUGGUAGUACAACCUGUGUGGGCUCAGAACUACCGAAGCAUACAGCUUGUGUGGAAGAUUUGUUGUCUGAUUUGGGCCUUCGCUGUUAUCUGCUGCAUCCCCUUUUACAUGUUCCGUGAUGCUAUUCCCCUUCCAAGCGGCAAGAUUUUGUGCUACUACAGAUACUCGCUGUAUCUCCCUAGCCGACCCUAUGAUUUGGAAGCCCUAUGUCGGCAACGCAAAGAAGGUUUGGCUUUUAUGAAACUCUUUUUUGCUUUCCUGAUCCCUCUUGCAGUUAUCAUUCUCAGCUACAUAUUUGUGAAUUUAAGUUUAGCACGAAGAGGCUGUCGGAGGCCUUUUCGAUUUGUUCGACUCGUCAUUGCAGUAGUGGUGACCUUUAUCAUCUGCUGGGCACCAUACCAUAUUUUCAUCAUCAUAGAGGUGAUGGCUACCAGCGGAAGUCCUGCACAGAAAUUGGCGACUAAAAGUCUUCCAAUUUCAGCAACGAUUGGGUUUCUCAACAGUGUCCUCAAUCCUGUCCUGUAUGUCUUCAGCUGUCCUGACCUGUGUCGUAAAAUCAGGCAUUCCUUGGGGGAAGUCAUGGAGAGCGUUCUAGCUGAGGAUCUGGCUGAAUUGGCUCGGCGACGCAGCACAGCUCGCAGCACCAUAAGCAACUAUGAAUUACCCAAGAAGGUGAAAUACUCAAUUCCGAAUGAAAAAGCAGAUGAUUUGGACGAGAAUGACAGUCUCACCAACUCGGCUGAGAUCACCAGUGUGGUUAAAGAUGAAAAGUAGGCUCUGGUCUUUAACCAGCCAGAGAAACCACUCAGCUCUGUACAGUUUGCUUUUUUUUAAUCACCUUUAAAAGCUGAUGCUUCCCCUGCUUUACUGCCCCUUUUUAUUCGGUUUUUUUUUUUCUGCUUUGAGGAAACAAUCAGCAUUAAUUCAGUUUAGUUAUUUAGUGCCAAUUCACAACACAAGUCAUCUGAAGGCGCUUUGUAGAGACAAUACAGUCAGAUUGAUUAAAAGUUCUGCCAAAGAAAAAACAGUUGAUUGCAUCAAGUCAUUGACUUGCAAGACAUGCUCCUCCUGGAUGAGCUCCACAUUCAAGCCCUUGUGACACAGAAAUCCCUGCAAUCAAGGGGAUGGGUCAAAUGCAGAGAACAAAUUUCCCCAUCAUGGAACAAUAAAGGGAUUUACAUAAAUGUUUUAGGUGAGAGUUUCUGCAGAGUUUUAACGUUUUUAAUUUUUUCUAUACUUUUUUUAAUGUGUUUUAUAUGUUGUAACUCAUAUGCUGAUGUUCUUUUGGCCAGGUUUAUCUUGAAAAAUAGAUAAUAGAUCACAGAGGGACUAACCUUGUUAAAUAAAGCUAAAUACAUGAAGAAAAAAAACGAGACAGAAGCAGACAUAAGUGAUCAAGUGUCGGAUAAUUACACUUCUUGGUAUUUUGAAAGAAGUUCCAACUUACUGCUAAGAACAAGGUUUCAAAAGUAGGACUUCACUUCUAGGUUUCAUAUUCUUUGUGUUUUUUUUUCAUCACAUAUUACAGAAAAGCACAGCAGUGUACAAAAAAAACAAAUUCAAUCUGUCAGAGUUGUUCAUGUGCUGUCAAAGAAAACUUUUUUUAAACGGCAGUUCUUCGAAGUUUUUAAAAUUUUGCUUUGCUUUUUUUUUUUUUUACCUAUCUUAUCCAAAGUUAUUGCAAUUUCUUUAAAAUGAUUGUUAGACCCCUGAUCUCUGAAUCACACAGCAGAUAAAAAGUCUCUGAAGCUGAAGACUUGGUUUGGCAAAUAGCAAACACACUCAUUUUAAACAGGAUGUCUAGACCCAUUGAAAACCGGAGUCCAAAUCUGUACUUGUUUAUCAUUAUGAGCAUAAAAAUGAGCCUAGAGGUACAUGUUACCUUCCUUUAUUUGGGUUUUCUGCCUGCAUUGUUCCAUUUUGCAUUAUUCCAUUAAUUCCUAAUUUACAGUAGAAAGGUUGUGUUCCAUAUAAUGUUGAAAAUACUGUGAUGUAUUUAACAGAAAGCUUUUUUAAUUUGCGCCAUGUUUUUAUUUUAUCAAACUUCAUUGUUACUGCUUUAGUUAAGGUUUAUAACCAUCCUUAAUGGCUCCUAUCAAAUAUAAAUAUUCUUUAGUGAAUAUUCUUUUUUUCAAUAUUCUUUAGUGAAUAAUAAAAAAAAAAAGGAAAAAAAAGAUUUGUUCAAACUUAAUUGCGCCUUUAAUUGUGUUUUUGGUUGCUGGACAACUUCACCAUUGGAAAGGUGUAGUUGUCUACAUGAAUGCACUGAAACCUUUCACUCUCCUACUUAAAGAAAGAAAAAAACACAAUUGUAUGAUUUCCUCAUUUUAUUUUGGAUUUUGUGUUUUGUUUAAGUUACAUUUUUUCUUGUUUUUUUUUAAUGUAUACAGUACAGACAGCCACAGGUCAAAGACGCCUAUGUUGUCCCAUCAUACUGUACAUCUUAUCAGUGCCUGAAAGUGCUCAUGCAACCAACCUCCUUUGCAUUUUUUAUUAAGUAUGUUGACCUCCUUGUAAUGAUUUAUAAUGUCAAACUUAUUCUCAUCCAUGGUAUGUUCAUAUUUUUCAUUGUUGCUAAUUACAUUUAUAAAUCUGUAUUAAAAAAAGUGA